AUGGAUUGUGAGUGUGCACGAGGGAUGUUUAGGUGUAGUCAUGCUGCCGCUUUGUUUAUACAUGGCCUAUACAACCUCAGUAGAACAGACAUUGAAUGCCAGUGGAAAAAGCGAAAAGCCACAAACUCUUUGCUGCCGUCAGUGCAAGAAAUGUUUCCUCCUGCAAAACCUGCAUACCGUGCUCUUUUAAGAGACCCAACUCGUGAAGAACGUAGUGAACUUUUCCAAAGGCUGAAAAACUAUGGUAAAUUUACUGGACUUUAUUGGCUCAUGAGCCCUGAACCACAGACUCAGUCUAAGUCCUUGCCAGUUGCUACAGUAGAAGAUGUUAUUUUCCAAGAGGAAUUUCUACUGUUGCAAGGCCUCCAAGAACAACGUCAGUAUUUUCUGAAUAAAGUCAGUGUUGAAUGGAAAACUAUUGAAGAUGUAAGCCGCCUUACUGCUGGACAAAGGGACAAUCCUUCUUGGCAAAUGAUCAGGAGGGGUCGACUGACAGCAAGUAACUUUGGUUCAGUUUUAAAUGCCAAGCGUGUUACCCCGUCCUUAAUCAAACGCCUUCUCGGUGAAUAUGAUCUAUCAAGGGUGAAAGCUGUCCAGUAGGGGUUUGCAAUGAAUCUGAAGCAAUUAACGCAUUCAGGCUGAAGACUGGCCUGGAUGUGGUGGAAACAGGUGUGUGGUUACACCAUUCCGGAGUCCUCGGUGCCUCUCCUGAUGGAUUGGUUGGAGAAGAUAGUGUUCUAGAGGCUAAGUGCCCCUAUACACACCGAGAUUUGACUAUUGAGGAAGCCAUUAAGACCAGCAAAGAAGGAUGGGGAAAUUGUGUUGAAACGUGA